AUGAAAAGGACAUAUGAGCCAGGAAAGGAAUACCAAAUUAGGCAGAAAAGCGAGAGGAGAAAGCAGCCAGAAGAGCUAGAAGAUACUGAAGUGGACGAAGAUGGGACAGAUAAACAGCCUAGGCUCUCGUUUUAUUUUGAGUCUAGCUCGAUCAAGCAAAAUACAGAUAGAGAAAGAGUUUUGGACGAAGUAGACCGAGUGGAGCAGUUGAUAACGUUAAACCUGCAGAAAAUCAACGAGAAUUUGAUGCAGUCUAACAACAUUGUGAGCAACAAGUUGAUACCGUCACUUGAAGCAUUCAACAAAAACUCGAAUAAAAUCUACAACAACAUCAGCCACAUCAAGGAAUUUUUUGAAAAUGCCGCCAAUGUCAACAUCCUCACCAAGAAGGAUAUCGGAUUACAGCAGAUGAAUGACAGUGACAAUAGCCAAGACCGGACAGGGGAUUCAGAUGAAAAUUUAAAGAGGGCUGGAGAGUCAAGUGAUUUUGAGCGUAACAGGAGUGCAAACAACAUUACCUCCGAGCUUUCUGAGUUUAAGGAUAUCAAGGACAGGUACAAACAGAACUUGGAAUCUGCCGGUGAGAAGGACGUCAGCGUAACACACACUGCCACCACACUGAAGCUAAACAAACUUCCCGAUUAUCUCAAAGAUAAUUCCAAUAGCAUUGGCACAGAGACUUUUUUGAGGGAUUUCAGAAUGAAUGCGGACGAUGAGUCAACGGGAAAACACCUGAAGCAGCAAAACAUUGCAGCACAUACGCCGGAAAGAGAGGCAGAAGGCGACAGAGAAAACACUGGACCCUCAGAAGACAAUCUAGCGAACAGCUACGUGAAAGAAAUCAUGGCUGGCUACGAGUCGCCGCCGUGGGAGGAGCCUCCCGUGCUGCAGUCGUCCAAGUUUACCUCGGGCCAUACCAAGAAGCGGAAGCGCCGGCCAAGUAGUGCCCACGGAAGAAACCAGCGUCAGAGUAGCAAUGAGGUGGGAGACAGGAGCAUGAGCGAGACCAACAAAGAUACAAGAACCCGAGGAAAAGACGAGCAAGAGGAAGAAGAAGAAGAGGAAGAGGAGGAGGAAGUUAGUAUAAGGUUUCCGUCUUCACCCAAGUAUGGGGCAGGAGGAAAGCUUCUCCGUACUGACAAAGGCAGACAAAAGGCUCUUGACUUUGCUCGUUCCGAAAUGAUGAAGAACCAUCCUAUUCUCUCCCUGCAACCACAGGAGAAGCCGAUGCGGAAGCCCGUCGCCAACACGCAGGACCCCUUCGACAGCACGGGCGAGAGGUAUGACACCACCAACAGCACCUUGGACGAUGCACCAGAGCUCAUGUCUGAGCUGCUUUCCCGGAGGAGGCAGCAACGGGAAGACGCUGACUAA